UUUUUUAAACGUUUGACCGCCGUCGGUCUGAGAACACGGCCGUCAACGCGUCGCCCGUCCUCGCGCGUCAUAUUAUUACAAUAUUGUUGUACACGAUUUUUAAUACGGUUUUUUUUCCGCCGAUUAUACGCGUACAGUGAGUGAGUGUAUACUGUUAAUAUUAUUAUUGUUUGUCACGACGAUAAAAUAUUAUAAUAAUACGUUCCUAGCGCGAGCAAUAUCGUUUCCAUCACGUGUUUAUUUUUUCGCACGAGUUUAAGGCGAUACCGUUUUUUCCGUCGUCUGAGACCGACACAAGACCGAAGUCUGCAGCACGUCAAAUCGACCUUUUAGAUCUUUAAUAUUAUCUACAUUAGGCGUGCGUAUAAAUGUGUGCGUAGCAUAAAGCGCCAGAGAAAAUCCGUGUCGAUCGCCGCCAACCACGACUACCAGAAAAACGAACCGCGACAACGACGCGCGUCAUAUUUCAGAACACGCGAUGACGUUACGACGAUGACCUUGUGCGAGUCUUCCGAGGAGAAGGCGUCUCCAACAAAGUUAACAGCUUACCGAAAGGCGAUCGACAACUUGGACAACGACCGGAAAUGGCAGACCGACACGGCCGUGGGAAAGAGGAUCGGCCUGUACAAGCUCAGCGGAGAGUUGGGCAAGGGGAAUUUUUCGCAAGUGAAAACUGGAUACCACGAGUUGACCAAAGAACGAGUUGCAAUCAAAAUAUUAGACAAGACCAAAUUGACGGCGAAAGCGAAGAAAAUGCUAUCCCGGGAGAUAUCCGUAAUGGAAUCGAUACAUCAUCAAAACGUUAUUCGACUGUUCGAAGUGAUCGAGACGUACACGAAAUACUAUUUGAUAAUGGAGCACGCGGCGGCCGGAGAACUAUUCAAGAGGUUGAUAUCCGAGGGCAGAAUGCACGAGUCGGAGGCGAAAAACAUUUUCUCUCAGAUCGUGUUGGCCGUCAAACACCUGCACGACCGCAACAUCGUUCACAGAGACAUCAAAGCGGAGAACGUGUUCUUGAGCUCCAGAGGCGUCGCCAAAUUAGGAGACUUCGGUUUUAGCAUCACAGUCUCGAACGCCGAAAAGUUGGAGACGUUCUGCGGGUCCCCGCCGUACGCGGCGCCCGAACUGUUCCAGGACGAGCGUUACGUCGGCCGUCCCGUGGACGUGUGGUCGUUGGGCGUGCUGCUGUUCUUCAUGACCACCGCCACGAUGCCUUUCCUUGGCGACAACAUGGCCGGGCUCAGACGGUCAAUACUGGCCGGUAACGUGCAAGCGCCGGCGUCUAUGUCCCAGCUGUUAAAGUCACUCAUAGAGUCCAUGCUCAACACGUCGCCCGUACACCGGUUCAACAUCGAUCAGGUGCUCAAGUCCGACUGGCUGCGGGAGGCGUCCGCGUACCAGAUACGGUUCAACAACAACUCGGUAUACGGUCAGUGGUGCGCUUACCCGACGGCGGCCGGCGCCGAGCUCACCGACACCGAGACGAACGCCAGGCGGGCGCUGGAAGUCCUCGGCAUAACCGACGUCAUGCUCGACGAACACGGUUCCCGAGGGUCGAGGAGCAACGUGGUGGCCACGUACCGGAUAGUGAUCAACAGGCUGUUGCAGCAGCGCAGGCUCAUGGGGCAGCAGAACCACAUGCAACACCAGAACUCGACCGCGCAGCAUCCGCAAACCGCUUCCGGCCGGAAACCCACCAAAACCAAGUCCCGGUUGUGCGCCAUAACGUGAGCACCGGAACAACGACCGCCAACGCCUCUAGCUCAGUAAGCCCUCGCUGCACACGAGACAACCCCCCCCCCCCCCACCACCACCACCACCGCGACGACCCCUAACACUACUCGAUAACGGUCCCCGGCCGCGUGUCGACGAGUGUAUUUAGAACGUGGUCGUCGAAAGUAUAAUAUGUUAAUAAUAUUAUGACGUAUACCUGUUUAUAAAUAAUUUAUUAUAUAAACUCGUAUCAUAAUAAUUGUACGAUACAUUUGUUUUACUAUGUAGAACGCCGUAUAUAGAGUUUAAGACAAUAUAAUAUUAUCGAGUAGUCCAGUGUGCGAUUAUUAAGUAUAAUAUUUGUUACUCAUUAUUGUACCAGACGUGGUACAAUACCACCUAUUAACUAUAAAUAUUAUAAUAAUAAAUGUACAUAUACAUAUACGCCAAUAUUGCGUUCGUUAGUGAUUUAUAAUAUUGUUAUAAUAUUAAUUUAACGUAUAAUACUAUACACACUCUACGUGCCAUCUAUACACACUAUAUAAAUUAUUAUUGCCUAUAUAAUUUUAGAUUGAUACGAAUAUACGUGUACAUUAUAUUAUAAUAUAUGAUAUUGUCACGUCAAAGUUACUAAACACGUUUUACUGUAUUAGACGAUUGAUGUGUUAUUGUUAUAUUAUAGACUUAAGUGUAUACGACUAUAAGAGAUCAUGCGCAUAGUUUUUAAGUAAAUAAUAAUAAUAAUAUAUUGUAAUAGGUAUGUAAUGUUAUAAUAGUAUAUGUACCUAGAUCUAAUUUGUUUAACGUUAUACAGACUUAUCAUAUUAUAACAAAUAAUACAGACUGUUUUCGACGCGUACCUUUAUGCCUACGACGUCUUGUUAUUAUUCGACGGUAAAAUAAUAUUACCAACGGUUUUUUUUUUUUUUUUUUUAUUGAAUUCGAUUAUAUAUUUAUUAUCAUCAUAUUAUGUUAUUAAGCUUAAGUAUUGUUAUACGAUAUGUCUGGAUAUUUCGUGUUAUUAUAUAGUUUUAACGUAUAUUGUUUGUGUACCUAUAAUAUAGUUCUUCAAAAAACUGACACUUUGUCUACAACAUUAUAAUAAUAUUAUUAUUAUUAUUAUUA